UAUUUUUUCCGUUUGUCGAUGAGAAAGGCGUCGAAAAAUACUUUGUUUCGACAACACAAAUCUUUUUUAGGCGCAGACAACACUCACUCUCACAUUUUUUUAAUCUCUCGAUCAAGUCCUGCUAAGGCCCGACAACGAUGACUGCUUUUAUAGAGGACCCUGUAAAGAAAGCCGGCGUCGAAUGGGCGAAGAAGAAUCAUUUUGCGAAGUUUGUGGAAUCGAAAAUCGUCGACAACAGCGACGCCUAUCCGAAAUUCGACAAGGCUCAACUGAACCUUGGCAAAGUACUUGGAAAGGGAGGUUUUUGUACAGUCUACGAAGUUCGUGGGGUUGACGUCGCUAAUCGUAGAAGGCUUUCUCAAGAAGCCGACGAAGCCCAGUUUAUCGCAGAAAACUGCCUGCGUAAGGAAACAGGUGACGCACGAUACGCCAUCAAGUUUCUCAGUCCAGAAAUUGUCAGCGAAAACGGGUCAUUUAUUCAAGGCAUCCUUGACAUGGCAACUGAAACUCGAGUCUUUUCGGACACAGAACACCCCAAUAUCGUGAAGGCUAGAGCAUUCGCACAUGAGUCUCCGUUCGAUGAACAAUACUUUAUCAUGAUGGAUCGUCUCUACGACACAUUGGAAAAACGGAUCGGAAAAUGGGCGAAGCAAAACAGACGUUAUUCAGGUUUGAACGGGAAGCUACUUGACAGAAAAGGCCAAAAGAAGAAAGAUCUUUUGGAAGAAAGAGUAGUGGAUGCAUUCGACUUGAGCGACGCAAUUGGUUAUCUGCACCAAAAAAAUAUCGUAUAUCGUGAUAUAAAACCAGAAAACAUUGGGUUCGACGUGGUAUGUUGCCGUGCAUUCCGUUUUAAUACUGUAAUUACGAUCAUGGUCGCUCAUUGCCUUCGAAUCUAAAUGUCUUACCCGCCUUUUUUCCUACCUAUGAAAAAAUUAAAACGUGAUGAAGCGUGAUGAUAUCAAGCUUUUGUAAGUCCAUUGAAUACAGAAUUGAUGUAUUGUCAUAUAUAUUAUUACAUUAUUGUUGUGCUACGUUSAUGAUCAGAUAUCCUAAUACUCGCAAUUGAAAUUAACAUCUCCCGCAGUGACUUUGGUUUAGCAGUCGAAAAGAAAGAUAGCAGAUUAAUUGAUGAUGAUCUAUACAAUUUUACCGGGAUGAGUGGGACUCCCCGAUACAUGGCCCCAGGUAUGUUUUCAAUUGUUUUCGAACGAAAGGGGGCAAUCGAUCACUAUAUUUUACUAUCAGACGUUCUGAACAUUUGCGUAUCUUUUGAUACUAUCGAACUACUGUUUUGUCCACAAAUCGGGCAGAGGUUGCCAAUGAAGAACACUACAAUGAAAAAUGCGACGUUUACUCUUUCGCUAUUUUGCUUUGGGAAAUGAUGGCUCUAAAAACACCUUUUGAGGUGUACACUAUGAGUGUGUUCAAAAAGCGAGUCUGGAAUGGGGAACACAAACGACCUUACAUUGACCCAGGUUGGCCACCUUCUAUCAAAACGUUGUUGCAAAGAGCGUGGUGCAGAGACAUAUCUGUACGGCCAGAUUUUGAAGAAAUCACAAAAAUUUUGAAGCGAGAAGCUACGAAGUUACGCGGAGGAAGCGAUAGAGGUCUGGAGCACAUGUCUAGACGAUCAACUCAUAUCUUCGUUAGAGAUAAGAAGUCACCUUUGAGCCUGACCUCUUAUUUUUAAAUGAAAGUCGAGUGUAAGGCAGAUGGUGAAUUUUCAUCAAAGCUCUCUUUUUGAAAGAGAAGUUGUAUUUGUCAUAGUGAUAACGUGGCAGUGGUUCUUCUAUUGAUAUCCGAGACUGUAGUUGUUCGAAAAAGUUGAAUUCUUGAGUGAAUCAGACUGAAUUGACAGUGUGUCUAUUCAGUACAAAAGCAACAUUAUAUUAMAUGUAGAGUAACAAUAAUGGUUUAGAAAUCGA